CCCCAAGGUCUCACUAGCCUUUGCACCCAACACUCAAGCAAAUACAACGGCAAUAUCCUCCAAUCCACUAUUUCCUCAAACUACUCUCUAAUAUUUUAUCUUUCUCAAAUUUGUAACAAUGGAAAUGAUAGGAAAGAUUGCAUGCUUUGUGGUUUUGUGCAUGGUGGUGGUUGCACCCCAUGCAGAGGCACUGACUUGUGGCCAGGUUCAAUCUGGCUUGGCACCCUGCCUCCCUUAUCUGCAAGGCCGCGGCCCUCUAGGAGGCUGUUGUGGCGGAGUUAAAGGUCUGUUGGCUGCAGCCAAGACCCCAGCAGACCGCAAGACAGCGUGCACUUGCCUGAAAUCAGCUGCUAAUGCUAUUAAGGGCAUUGAUGCUGGCAAAGCUGCUGGUCUCCCUGGUGCUUGUGGCGUUAACAUCCCUUACAAGAUCAGCCCCUCCACUGACUGCUCUAAGAUCCAGUAAAGCUGAUCAGUUUUAUAUGGAAGUAGCUAGCUAGCGUAUUAUGAGGAGGAGAAUAAGAUGGCGUGGAGUUUGGUCCUGCUUAUGGACUUUUUUAUUUAUUUUAUGUCCUUUUUUAUUUGGGUAUUUAGAACUCAUAGUCCGAGUCAUGUAAUGAAACGUUGACGAUUGGUUGUAUUACAACCCAAUCUUCGUACUAAUAUAUAAUUCUACUAUCUCUUAUUUAGUUCAA